AUGGCGAUACUUAGUGACGUCAAGAAGCUAGUAGACAAGCUUAUUCUUUUGUUUCUAGAUUGGCAACAUGAAUGUCUUACUUUACCAGCAAUUAAAGAAGAGAAGAAUCUCAUUUAUAUGUUGCCAACCAGUGGAGGUAAAACACUUGUUGCUGAAAUCUUGAUAUUUAAAAGACUAUUAUGCAAUAAACAAAGUGCAUUGUUCAUUCUACCUUACAUUUCAAUUGUUCAAGAAAAAAUCAAAUCGCUUUCUCCUUUUGCACUUGAAUUAGAUUUUCUAAUAGAAGAAUAUGCCGGAAGCAGGGGAAGAUUUCCACCCGUAAAAAGACGUAAACGGCAGACUUUAUUCAUUGCAACCAUUGAAAAAGCUCAUUCAUUAAUAAAUUGCUUUCUUGAAUCAAAUAGAACUGAAGAAUUGGGUCUUGUAGUAGUAGAUGAACUUCAUAUGAUUGGUGAAGAAGGGAGAAGAGGAGCAAUUUUGGAAACUGCUCUAACUAAAGUUAUCUAUUCCUUCAAACAAACCCAGAUUAUUGGAAUGAGUGCGACCAUCGGUAACAUUGAAGAACUUCAAACUUUUUUGAAGGCUGAGAAAUUCUGCUGUAAUUUUCGACCAGUACAAUUAAAAGAGUAUGUGAAAAUAGGAGAUGAAUUAUGGGAACACGAUCCAAAAAGCGAGGCGUCCUUGCUGUUUUCUAGAAAACUUCAGUUUGCAUAUAGUACGGAAAUGAAACGACAAGAUCCCGAUAGAUUAGCCGGCUUGGUACUGGAAGUGAUUCCCGAAAAUUCCUGUUUACUGUUCUGCCCGACCAAGAAACAUUGUGAAAAUGUUGCCAAACUCUUGAGCAAAUUCUUACCAAAAGACAUUCGAGAAUACAAAUUGGAAGAGAAGAAAUUGCUGGCGAAAGCUCUCCGUAACGAAAACUCUGGUUCCGUAUGCCCCGUGCUGUCUUCUUCCGUAUGGUAUGGCGUGGCUUACCACCACGGCGGACUCACCACCGACGAACGCAAGUUAAUCGAAGAGGCCUACUCCGACGGCACGCUCUGCUGCCUGGUCUGUACGUCCACCUUGGCUGCAGGCGUCAAUCUUCCUGCCAAACGGGUGAUUUUAAGAGCGCCCUACGUCGGAAGUAGCUUUCUCACGCGUGCCAGAUACAAGCAAAUGAUAGGUCGAGCGGGUCGGGCUGGGAUGGAUACUUUGGGCGAAAGCAUCCUUAUAACGAGACCGGAAGAGGGACAAAAGGUACGAGAACUUCUUAAUUCUUCAGUAGAGAAUUGCCGGAGUAGUCUGCUGUACGACGGAGGCAAAGGACUGAAAGUUCUCAUUUUAAGUUUAAUUGGAUUACAGAUAGCAACAUCAAGCGACCGCCUGAAAGAUUUUGUGAAAUCGACAUUAUUGUCGAUUCAGACCCAACACGACGAAUUGACAUCUAACAGUAUCGUUCACGAUUCAUUGGUAUCAUUGGAGGAAAACGGUUUUAUUAAAUUUAAACAGAAGGAAGGAGAUGAAAUUCUUCAAAUUACAAAUUUGGGAAAAGCAACCUUUAAAGGUGGGGUUGAUCUGGAGCUGGCCAAUAGGAUCUACGACGAUUUAAAAAAUGCCCAGAAAUGCCUCUCUCUUCGUUCUCAUUUACAUCUCUUGUAUCUGGUGACUCCCGUAUAUCAUUCACAGAUUUCUGUCCUUCCGAAUGUUUAUUUUGACGCAUACAUGGAACUAAGUGGAGAUGAUCUUCACACUGCCCAAUUAAUAGGAGUGACAGAAUCUCAAGUGGUUGGAUUGGUCAGCGGUCGUCCCGUCAAUAGUUGCAAAGAGAAAGUGGUGAAUCGCUUUUAUUCGACUUUAAUGCUGUACGAUCUUUGGAGACAAAAAUCCCCAUGGGAAGUCUCGCUAAAGUUUGGGAUCCACCGCGGCACCGUGCAGAAUUUGUUGGCCAAUUCUGUCUCCUUUGCCGCCAGUCUUCUUCAUUUUUCUCAAGAACUAGAAGAGUUUUGGCCCUACCAACAGAUUUUUCCAGAGUUUGUCCACCAGUUGUCUUAUUGCGUCACGGCCGAACUGGUCCCCCUAAUGGAACUUCCGGGAGUCAAGAGAGGUCGAGCUCGUCAGUUGUAUCGGGCAGGUUUUCGAACCCUAGCCGAAGUGGCCCGGGUGGAUCCCUUGGAAUUAGUGCAAAAGGUGGAUUACUUGCCCAGGCGAACAGCUUCACAGAUUGUUUCUGCUGCCAAGAUGAUGGUGUAUAACAGAGCAGAGGAAUUAGCAGAAGAAGCUGAAGAAAUGAUGGUCAAUAUCAAGAUGCGUUAAGUUGCCUUUUCCAAGUGGCAAAUAAUAAAAACUCUACAGAAUCUAACAUAUACAUUUUGGAACUUUUAAUUACUUAAA